CGAGCGGCGUGGGGACGUCAGCGGCAGCCGGAAGCUCCCCCGCGCUCCUCCCGGUUGGUUCCGCCCGCGGGACGGGGGCCGGGCGGCGCGCGCUGGGCCCAGGCCCUUGCAGCCGGAGGCUCCCGCAGCGGGCGCCAUGCGGCGUGCGCUCCGGCGAGGCCGGGCGCUGCGCCACAGCGUGCCCCGGCGCUGCGCCUCCGGCUCCUUCGCCAGCCACCCGCUGCCGGAGAGCGCGGCCGAGGACGCGGAGACGGGCCAGCGCCGCGUCAACCCCCUCAACAUCCAGAUGCUGUCCCGCAGCCUGCACGAGCAGAUCUUCCGCGGGGCCCGGGCGGGCUACUCGGAGGCGGCCGUGCGGCGCAGCGUGGAGCACCUGCGGCGCCACGACCUGUGGGGCAAGGAGACCUCGGCGCUGCCCGACGUGGAGCUGCGCCUGCCCCGCAUGUACGGGGACAACAUCGACGAGCAUUUCCGCCUGCUGGCCCAGAAGCAGAGCCUGCCCUACCUGGAGGCUGCCGAGGAGCUGCUGCGCUGCCGGCUGCCCCCCGCGCCCCCCGGCUGGGCCUGGCAGCUCGGCUGGACCCGCUACGGCCCCGACGGCCGGCCGGAGCCCGUCGACUUCCCCCGGGAUCGGGCGGUGGUGCUGGACGUGGAGGUGUGCCUGGCCGACGGGCAGUGCCCCACGCUGGCGGUCGCGGUCUCGCCUCACGCCUGGUACUCGUGGUGCAGCAGGAGGCUGCUGGAGCAGCGCUACUCCUGGUCCAGCCGCCUGACCCUGGCGGACCUCAUCCCGCUGGAGAGCGCGGCGGGCGCCGGCUGUGCCGGGCGGCAGGACUGGCCGGAGCGCGUGGUGGUGGGGCACAACGUGGCCUUCGAUCGGGCGUUCAUCAAGGAGCAGUACCUCAUCCAGGGCUCCCGGGUGCGUUUCCUGGACACCAUGAGCAUGCACAUGGCCAUCUCGGGGCUGACGGGCUUCCAGCGCAGCCUCUGGAUGGCUGCGAAGCACGGCAAGAGGAAGGGGCUGCAGCAGGUCAAGCAGCACAUCAAGAAGACGCGCAGCAAAGCCGAGGGGCCGGCGGUCACGGCGUGGGACUGGGUGCACGUCAGCAGCAUCAACAACCUGGCGGACGUGCACGCGCUCUACGUGGGCGGGGAGCCGCUGGAGAAGGAGGCGCGGGAGCUGUUUGUGAAGGGGACCAUGGCCGACAUCAGGGAUCACUUCCAGGACCUGAUGUCGUACUGCGCCCGUGAUGUCCGGGCCACCCACGAGGUGUUCCAGGAGCAGCUGCCGCUCUUCAUGGAGAGGUGCCCCCACCCCGUGACGUUCGCAGGGAUGCUGGAGAUGGGGGUGUCCUACCUGCCGGUCAACGGCAACUGGCAGAGGUACCUGGACGACGCCCAGGGCACCUACGAGGAGCUGCAGAAGGAGAUGAAGAAGUCCCUGAUGAACCUGGCCAACGACGCCUGCCAGCUGCUGCACGGGGACAGGUACCACGGCCAGCCGAGGGGAGGGCGCGGCGCCGUGCCCCCACCCAUGGGUGCUGGAGCACGGCCACGGCGUGCCGGCAGGUACAAGGAGGACCCCUGGCUCUGGGACCUGGAGUGGGACACGCAGGAGUUUAAGCAGAAGAAACCCCCGAGGAAGAAGAAGGAUCAGAAGGUGAACGGCGGCGAAGCCUCCGGGGCAGGAUUGGCGCAGGAGUGGCAGGGAGACCGCGGCCCCCCCAGCGAGGACGAGGAGCUGAAAGCAGCCCCCGAGGGCAGCGCCCUCCUGCAGCGCCUGAAGGACACGGUCACGCUGCAGCCCAAGAAGCUGCAGCAUCUCCCCGGCCACCCGGGGUGGUACCGCAAGCUGUGCCCGCGCCUGGAGGAGGAGGGCUGGGUGCCGGGGCCCAGCCUCAUCAGCCUGCAGAUGAGGGUGACCCCCAAGCUGAUGCGCCUGGCCUGGGACGGGUUCCCCCUGCACUACUCGGAGAAGCACGGCUGGGGCUACCUGGUGCCGGGGCGGCAGGACAACCUGCCGGCAGCCCCCCCGGAGGCGGGGGGUCCCGUGUGCCCCCACAGGGCGAUCGAGGAGCUGUGCCGGCAGCACCGGCUGGAGAAGGGCCGGGAGCAGCCCCUGGAGGAGGCGAGCGUGGAGGACGAGCUGCUGGUGAUGGACGGCAGCAGCAUGUGGCAGAAGGUGGAGGAGCUGAGCCAGCUGGAGGGGGACGUGGGCAGGGCGGACCAGAGCUUGGUGCAGGAGGAGGGGGACGAGCGGUGCGAGCUGGUGGAGGCGGACAGCCGGCCCUCGUACCACCACGGCAAUGGGCCCUACAACGACGUCGACGUCCCCGGCUGCUGGUUCUUCAAGCUGCCCCACAAGGACGGGAACGCUAACAACGUCGGGAGCCCCUUUGCCAAGGAUUUCCUGCCCCGCAUGGAGGAUGGCACCCUGCGGGCUGCCGUGGGACGCACCCACGGGACGAGAGCCCUGGAGAUCAACAAAAUGAUCUCCUUCUGGAGGAACGCUCACAAGCGGAUCAGCUCGCAGAUGGUGGUGUGGCUGAAGAAAGGGGAGCUGCCUCGUGCCGUGACAAGGCACCCGGACUACAACGAGGAGGACGACUACGGAGCCAUCCUGCCGCAGGUGGUGACCGCGGGCACCAUCACCCGGCGGGCCGUGGAGCCCACGUGGCUGACAGCCAGCAACGCCCGGGCCGACCGCGUGGGCAGCGAGCUGAAAGCCAUGGUCCAGGUGCCACCCGGCUACUCCCUGGUGGGCGCGGACGUGGACUCCCAGGAGCUCUGGAUAGCUGCGAUCCUGGGCGAGGCGCACUUCGCCGGCAUGCACGGGUGCACGGCCUUCGGCUGGAUGACCCUGCAGGGGAAGAAGAGCAACGGGACGGACCUGCACAGCAAGACGGCCGCCACGGUGGGCAUCAGCCGGGAGCACGCCAAAGUCUUCAACUACGGGCGCAUCUACGGGGCCGGGCAGCCCUUCGCCGAGCGCCUGCUGAUGCAGUUCAACCACCGGCUGACGCAGGAGCAGGCGCGUGAGAAAGCCCAGCAGAUGUACGCGGUCACCAAGGGCAUCCGCAGGUUUCAUCUGAGCGAGGAGGGCGAGUGGCUGGUGAAGGAGCUGGACCUGGCUGUGGACAGGGCGGAAGAUGGCUCGGUGUCAGCCCGGGAUGUCCACCGGCUCCAGAGGGAAGCUGCGAGAAAGUCCCGAAGGAAGAAGAAGUGGGACGUGGUGGGCCACCGGUUGUGGGCUGGAGGCACCGAAUCCGAAAUGUUCAACAAGCUGGAGAGCAUCGCCUUGUCCUCCUCGCCGCAGACCCCGGUGCUGGGCUGCCACAUCAGCAGGGCGCUGGAGCCCGCCGUGGCCAAGGGGGAGUUUCUGACCAGCAGAGUGAACUGGGUGGUGCAGAGCUCGGCCGUCGACUACCUGCACCUCAUGCUGGUCUCCAUGAAGUGGCUGUUCGAGGAGUUCGACAUCAACGGGCGCUUCUGCAUCAGCAUCCACGACGAGGUGCGCUACCUGGUCCAGGAGCAGGACCGCUACCGAGCGGCCCUGGCCCUGCAGAUCACCAACCUGCUGACACGGUGCAUGUUUGCCUACAAGCUGGGCCUCCAGGACCUGCCGCAGUCGGUGGCCUUCUUCAGCGCCGUGGAUAUUGACCGGUGCUUAAGGAAGGAGGUGACCAUGAACUGCGUGACUCCAUCAAACCCCACGGGGAUGGAGAAGAAAUACGGCAUCCCUGAAGGAGAAGCACUGGAUAUAUAUCAGCUUCUUGAAAUAACCAAAGGUUCGCUGGAGAAGAAGUGAUGACGCUUGAGUGCCAGAACAACAGUUGUCCAGAGAGCGUGCCAGAACCUGGCUGUCCUUUCAGGAGCACAUCUUUUGUCAGGGACUGAUCCUGGUUGAGCUGCUUGCUUUUUGCUGGAAGAAGGAAUGUUCCUGGAGAAAAGAACUGUGGUAGCAGCAUGUUUGAAUGGCAGAGGCAUUUCUGAGGGCAGCAGCCAGCUUUAAUACCUGCGACGCUUGACAAGAGUCACUGUUUGCACAUCCCUGGGCAUGAAGAAAGAAGUCUUAAGUAUUUGACAAGAGAAACAACAAACUACUAUCUCUGUACACACGGUUCUUCAAGACCAAGGUGAAUGCCACAGAACAGGCACUGUAGGAGAAGGAGGGGGCAGCAGUGGCAACCACACCUUUAUUUUUUUCGCCGUCUCUUCUUUUUGGGUUCCUGGUUCUCAUCUGGCUGCUCUGCUGUGGUGGACUGGAGAGAGGAGGAGAGAGUAGCAGUACCAAGUAUGAAUGUUUUUGUGUGAGUACUCUAAUGAACGUUUACUUUAAGAAAGCAGACUGACAGAACGGGAUUUAGCACUUUUCCCUCCCUAGCAAAAAUGGCCUGAAAUAGGGGACUCUUCUCACCCACUGAAAUUUUCCCCCUGGAUCUCUUUAAUUCAUGCUGGAAUUCAGACCCCAGGUUCUGAACGGCACAAGACAAGGCCUGCUUGUUCAGUGCUGGAUCCUGGCUUGUUGAUGCUGAUUACACUCUGGGAAAUAUGGGCAAAAGCACCAAUAAAAACCUGGACAAUCA